CCUCCUCUCCUUCAUUUUCGACCAAGCCUUCUAUUUAAAGAGGAGAAGCUCUGCAAUACUCAUCCUCCAUAGCCUAAACUCGAGCUCAAGCAAAUGAGUGCCAAAAUGGAGUUUUAGAGAAGAGAAAAAUGGAGAAAAGUUUGAAGGAUUAAGAAGUGUAGAAUGGGGGGUUGGAAGGUGGUUCUAAGUCCAAGAACAGACUUAGAAGCCAAAGGGACCGGUUCGCAGGAAAACCUUGUUAGGAACUUGUCUAAGGUGUUCCUAGAGCUUUCACGGAGUUGAAAGAGUCACCGGAGUUAUUGCCGGAGUUCAAUAAAGUUCACCGGAGUUCAACCGAGAAGAGUAGAACUUCUUAACGCGCAUUCGAGGUUGAAGCUAAAGCUUAUUAUCCACACCCUUUCUCGGUGAAGAAAUCUCAAGGAAGACGUGGUGGGGGUGAUGAGAGUUUUGCUCUGGCCACAUUAGGCUCAUUGCCUCAUUUAGACCCAAUACACGAUCGGCGAAUCAUAUUGUUGCCUAGGGUGAUUGGUUCUUCAGCUGGUUCGAGGGCUAAGGCUGAUCACCGGACUGGCACAAAAUCUGGCUAGCGAAGGAGGAGGAAUUAUCCGGGCAAAGAUCUCAGACGGCAGUCUUUCCCGCCAUUCCACCCUUACCGGUAUCAAUCAAAAGUGCUCUGAAAUGGCGACAUCCUUCGCGGCACGAGCGCAUCCUUGUACUUCGCAUUUUCUUCAGUCAUCUUCACGACGGUUUACGUGUUAUUUGUGGAGUGGAGGUUUUAGGAGCGAGAAGUUCAAUUCAAAUACGUGUAGAAAAUUGGGCAAAAGGAAUCAGAGGAGACCUUUGAUUUGUGCAGUCAAAGAAGAUGAUGACUCAUUCAAGCAUUCAGUAGAAAUGGAUAGGCUAAUAGAUAUGCUGAGGACCGCAAAUGAUAAAGAAAUUCGGAAACUUGUUGCAGAGAAUGUCUUUGUUUUCAAUGAGAGCUUUUGGAUGAGAAUAGCUGAUAGAGCCGAUGCCUGCAAAUCCGAAGAUGACAAGAAAGACCUUGAAGAACUGGCAUCAAUCUUAAUGGACACGGUUGAUAGUCUUGUGCAUAAGACCCAGGAAAAGAUAGAGUCGGAUACAGAUGUGCUUAAAGCCAUCUUAAGGCCCGUAGUUCAUGAAGAGGAGGAUGUUUUUUGGCCUCCAAGAGAUCCUGAAGCUCUCAGCCUUUUGGAAAAAGAAUUAAACCAAAGGGAGCAAGAAGGCCAACUAGAUGAAGGAUUCCUGUCCGAAGUUUAUGCACAACUACGGAAAGUGAAAGAUGGGGACAAGCCAGGGCUUCAAGCUAUGCUGCAAAAAGUUCUGCAGCUCUACGCUUCCAGAGUUCUCUCUAAGCGUAGUUAUGCAAGAAAAGGGAAUGUGGUGCUAAAAGCUGAACAGCUUCUCGAGACCAUAAUCAAAGCUCCAGAAGAAGAAUGGAACAGGUUGUUGGGGGAUGGAAUGACUGUGGACAAAGGUGAUGUCUCACCUGAAGAGUUUAAUGCUGUUGUUAAGAAGCGAAUAGAGCGAACAAUAAUGCGGACGCAAGGUGGCUCUUAUGAGCAGCGGGUUCUUGUGGAGUAUUUGAAAGGCAUUCGCUCCAGAGCCGAGGAGAUUGUCGUGGUCUAAGAAUUAUGCAAUACUCAUCUCUCUAUUUGCACAUGGGGAUGCAUGUCUAAAAGAAAUUUCUCCAGAAACUUUUUGCACGUCAACACUGGUUGGAGUUCGUAUCCUUCACACCGGAAAUUCUAAUUAAACUGUUCUCCACACGAAGUCCAACAUAACAGAACAACCGUGAAAUCACUUGUGCCAAAGGGGUUUUUAGCUGGAAGGAUCAAUUAUGUGCUACCCAUAUUUUCUGGUCGAUAUCAUCUUAACUUUCCUAUUUUAUUAGCCCACGGAUUACUUCUAUGGCUCGGGUAUUGUGCUCCAAUCUUUUGCGGGUUACGUUGCUUCUUUGACAUGUACGUUUUGGUCAUUGAAAGGGUGCUCCACCAAACUAUAUUGUGGAUGUGCUUCGUGAUGAUAGCAUUUACGUUGUUUCUAUGACAGGUAGUAUGUUUUGGAAGGACACUCCCCCAAUUCCCCAAAUUAUAUCGUGGAUGGGCUUCAUGAUGAAUGUAUUUAUGAGAUUUUCAUUCUUGACAAAAAUAUAUACAAGUAUUAUUUAACUACUACAAUUCUACAAACUAUAUUGUAGCAAAAAGAAUGGUUUCAAACCAGAUUUGAAACUUGAAGUUUGGACAGAUUUAUUCCAACCCUUUUGUCAAAUCCGAU